GAGCUGGACUUGGUGGUGGGAGCGAGAACCCAGCUUUUCCAGCUGUGCGUUCCAACGGCUGCGGGCAGUUCCCUUGCAGACGAUGGCAGCCACGUAUCUGGAGUUCAUUCAGCAGAAUGAAGAGCGCGAUGGCGUGCGGUUCACGUGGAACGUGUGGCCCUCCAGCCGCCUGGAGGCCACGAGGAUGGUGGUGCCCCUGGCCUGUCUCCUAACUCCCCUGAAGGAGCGUCCAGACCUGCCACCCGUGCAGUAUGAGCCUGUGUUGUGCAGCAGGCCAACGUGCAAGGCCGUGCUCAGCCCUCUCUGUCAGGUUGAUUAUCGAGCAAAACUCUGGGCCUGCAAUUUCUGUUUCCAAAGAAAUCAGUUUCCUCCGGCUUAUGCGGGCAUAUCUGAGAUGAAUCAGCCUGCCGAGUUGAUGCCCCAGUUUUCUACCAUUGAGUACGUGGUACAGCGGGGUCCCCAGUCCCCCCUGAUCUUUCUGUACGUGGUCGACACAUGUCUGGAGGAAGAUGACCUUCAAGCACUCAAAGAGUCCUUGCAGAUGUCCCUGAGUCUCCUUCCACCAGACGCCCUGGUGGGCCUCAUCACUUUUGGGAGGAUGGUGCAGGUGCACGAACUAAGCUGCGAAGGAAUCUCCAAAAGUUACGUCUUCCGGGGGACCAAGGAUUUAACUGCAAAGCAGAUCCAGGAUAUGCUGGGCCUGAGCAAGCCGGCCAUGGCCAUGUCGCAGCCAAGACCUGCUCAAGCGCAUGAGCACCCUUCUGUUUCAAGCAGGUUUCUGCAGCCGGUUCACAAGAUUGACAUGACCCUCACCGAUCUGCUGGGCGAGCUGCAGAGGGACCCAUGGCCGGUAACUCAGGGGAAGAGACCCUUGCGCUCCACUGGCAUUGCCCUGUCCAUCGCCGUUGGCUUGUUGGAGGGCACUUUCCCCAACAUGGGAGCCCGAAUCAUGCUGUUCACGGGUGGCCCGCCUACCCAAGGGCCUGGCAUGGUUGUUGGUGAUGAGCUGAAGGUUCCUAUCCGUUCCUGGCAUGACAUUGAGAAAGACAAUGCACGCUUCAUGAAGAAGGCGACCAAGCAUUACGAGAUGCUCGCUAAUCGAACUGCUGUCAACGGCCACUGCAUUGAUAUUUACGCCUGUGCCCUUGAUCAGACCGGGCUUCUGGAGAUGAAGUGUUGCACGAAUCUUACUGGAGGCUACAUGGUGAUGGGAGAUUCUUUCAACACUUCACUCUUCAAACAGACAUUCCAAAGAAUUUUUAGUAAAGAUUUUAAUGGAAAUUUUCGAAUGGCAUUUGGUGCUACUUUAGAAGUAAAGACCUCUCGGGAACUGAAGAUUGCAGGAGCCAUUGGCCCGUGUGUAUCUCUGAAUGUGAAAGGACCGUGUGUGUCAGAAAAUGAGCUGGGUGUUGGGGGCACAAGUCAGUGGAAGAUCUGUGGCCUGGAUCCUACCUCUACCCUUGGCAUCUACUUUGAAGUUGUCAAUCAGCACAACGCCCCGAUCCCCCAGGGAGGCAGAGGCGCCAUCCAGUUCAUCACACAGUAUCAGCAUUCCAGCACCCAGAGACGCAUCCGUGUGACCACCAUCGCCCGAAAUUGGGCAGAUGCACAGAGUCAGCUCAGGCAUAUUGAAGCCUCCUUUGACCAGGAGGCUGCUGCCGUCUUGAUGGCGCGGCUAGGUGUCUUCCGGGCCGAGUCUGAGGAGGGGCCCGACGUGCUCCGGUGGCUGGACCGCCAGCUCAUCCGACUGUGUCAGAAAUUUGGCCAAUAUAACAAGGAAGAUCCCACUUCCUUCAGGUUAUCAGAUUCCUUCUCUCUGUAUCCUCAGUUCAUGUUCCACCUUAGAAGGUCUCCGUUCCUGCAAGUGUUUAACAACAGCCCUGACGAGUCGUCCUAUUACAGACACCACUUUGCCCGGCAGGACCUGAUGCAGUCCCUCAUCAUGAUCCAGCCCGUUCUCUACUCCUACUCCUUCCAUGGGCCGCCUGAGCCCGUGCUCCUGGACAGCAGCAGUAUCCUGGCAGACAGAAUUUUGCUGAUGGACACCUUCUUCCAGAUUGUCAUUUACCUUGGUGAGACUGUGGCCCAGUGGCGGAAAGCUGGAUACCAGGACAUGCCAGAGUACGAAAGCUUCAGGCACCUGCUGCAGGCUCCCCUGGAUGAUGCCCAGGAAAUCCUUCAGGCGCGCUUCCCCAUGCCGCGCUACAUCAAUACGGAGCACGGCGGCAGUCAGGCUCGAUUUCUUCUAUCCAAAGUGAACCCAUCUCAGACACACAAUAACCUGUUUGCCUGGGGCCAGGAAACCGGCGCACCCAUCCUCACUGAUGACGUCAGCUUGCAGGUGUUCAUGGAUCACCUGAAGAAGCUGGCUGUGUCCAGUGCCGCUUGAGCCGAAUGGGAACGGGAAGGGAGGAUGUUCACAGUUGUCUGGGAAGGCUUAAUGACAUUCCUUUCACUUUCCUGGUGGGUUUUAGUAGGUCAUGAAAGGGAAUUCUGAAUGCAACCCGAGAUGAUAAUUUAUUUGUAUUCCUGAUCUCUGCCCUUUUUCCUGCACCAUGAGAUUAUAAGGUCAUAACUGGUGGUAUGGUACAUGUUUAUGUUUUUGGGAUCCUAACUUUUAUAGUUUAUAUAAAAUCAGAGGUCAUGUA